AUGCCCUUCAUUGACGACAAUCCUGCAUCGCGGCUGCAGUGGAAGAACAGCAGCAGUCGGAGCCGGACUCUGACGCGGGAGAGGGCUGGAGAGACAGACCUUCCUCCUCCUCUUCCUCCUGCUGCUCGUCUGCGUCCCCGACCUACUUCCUCUCCCUUUCUCGCUCCCGCUCCCGCUCCCGCUCCCGCCCCUCCACCCAGCGUCUUAUGCGAAGACGUCUAUUUCGCGUAUCUCAGACAUGAACUCCGCGGCGGCGAUUCCCUGCUCGACGGCCAGUGGCCCGGAUUCUCCGCCCUCAAGGACCCGGAUGGCCUGUCGCGACGGUGCAUUACGUGCUUUGCGGUCUCGUUCUUCGGGAGGCGGAACCGCGACCACCGCGCCCGCGAGCAGGGGGUGCGUCUGUACGUCGACGCACUGGGCGAGCUGAACGCGCGGCUCUCACUGCCACGGGACAGCGCGCCAGGCCAGACCGUUCUGGCGAUUACAAUUCUCACUGCAUAUGAGUACCUCACAGCAACCAGCCCGACAGCCUGGAUCGACCACAUGCUCGGCCUAGCGACCUUCUUCGACCACCACGGCGUCGACGUCUUCCUCCACGAACGCCACGUCCUCACGCAAUUCGAGGGCGAUCGCUUCUCCAUGAUCAUCGCAGCCAUAGCAGCCAGACGACCCUUCCGGCUCUCCUCCGACCAAUGGACCACGCAGUCGCUGCCGUGGAGGCAUGCGCGAGCACCUAAACCCCAGAGACAAUACCUGCUCGACCUCGCCUCGCGGCUGCCGGGCAUGUAUUUGGCCUUCAUGGAAUACCGAAAUCCACAGAAGACGUCAUCCCCACCUGCGCAGAAAGCCGAGCUAUGCCACGCGCUGGAGUCUAACAUGCACGAUCUCCUGCGCGGAUUGCGCGUGUGGGAACAGGCAUGGCGGCGCGAAGACGCGCCCCGUGUCGAGGAACGUGCGCUUUCCGAGGCCGAGCAGCGGGCAUGCGGGUUCACGACGGGCCUGGUCUUCACCGAUGUCGACGGCGCGGCGUACACGUUCGUGAUGUAUAAUAUCGUAUUGGUCAUCUUGUUGGAACUGUGGAAGACGGUCAGGGGGGCGGCACAAGUGACAGUCUUGCCCGCGGGUGUCGACCAGGAGCCCCCAACCCAGUCGCUGAUGGCCCAGGCCCGAGGCGCGGCGCUCGAUAUCUGUCGAACCCUCCCUCUUUACCGAUCCGGGUCGGGAUCCUGGGUAGAUGCCAUUCAAGUGGUGGUGGCGGUUCGCAUGGCGCUCGUGGUUUUUCGACAGGAGAGCGAGAGUGGGAACACGAGUCCGCGGGUCAUUUGGCUGGAGGGGAUCCUUCGGCAGAUAACAGGCGAGUCCGGCCGGGGGUGGGAGAUUGGGAAGUACGCGAUGCAGGAGUUUGGAUGA